AUGGUAUUAGCGGAAAGGACGACGGAAGGCGGUGUGCGAAACGGCAGGCGAUCGCGCGGACCGAGCCCUAACGGUCACACUGGAUCCGGCCCGGUCACCACCACUUCCGGUGGCGGUGGGGCGACCGAUUCCAGCUCGGACGAUGAAAACUCUCGGAAAAACGGCAACACUUCAAAGGCAACAAAGACCAAGAGCGAAUACGAAGAGAAAAUACGUGUUGGCCGUGACUACCAAGCUGUCUGUCCGGAACUUGUAGCUCCGAUCGAUCGCAAACCUGAGCAAAUGAACGACCGAGCCUUGCUGGUGUGGUCUCCGACGAAGGAAAUUCCCGAUAAUAAAUUGGAAGAAUACAUCACGGUCGCAAAGGAAAAGUACGGUUACAAUGGGGAACAAGCGCUUGGAAUGCUGUUCUGGCACAAGCACGACCUAGAGCGGGCAGUACUAGAUCUAGCUAACUUCACGCCAUUCCCCGACGAAUGGACAGCCGAGGAUCGAGUGCUGUUCGAACAGGCGUUCCAAUUCCAUGGGAAGAGCUUUCAUCGUAUCCGCCAGAUGCUUCCCGACAAAUCGAUUGCAAGCUUAGUGAAAUUCUACUACUCAUGGAAAAAGACGCGCAGCAGAACCAGCGUGAUGGAUCGGCAGGAGAAAAUGAAAAAGAACGACAGCUCGGAGAACGGUAGCGACCACGGUAGCAACGAGGAAUCGGACGGAGAGGACAAGUCUCCACCGAACAGCGCAGCCGGAUCGAACACUAGCAACACGGGAAAUAGUAAUACGAGCGUGCCGAAUAGUGGGCCGUUGAAUAGUAACAGAAACAAUGACGCCGAGAACGAAAGCAAUGGCAGUUCCGGUGGUGGGGCCGCCGCCGAGGGGUCGCUCAAUUGCACCGGUUGCGGGGUGACGUGCAGCGAAGUGCACGCCUCAUCGCAUGGGAAGCUCUGUGGCAGCUGCCACCAUCAUUGGAGACGCACUGGUGUGCUGCGCCCUACGACCGGGCCCUCCUUUAUGAACAAGCGUACUCGGGGCUCGAACAUACUGGGCAAAAGUGGCGAUAGUCACAAGCGCCGACCACCUAAGGGCAUGUACAUUAACCACGACGACAUCGUGAAGCUUGCCAGUACUGCCCAAAACGACGAUGGUGGCGUCGUCAGCGGUGGUGGCGGUUCUAGAAAGGGAAACCCGAAUGAUGAUCUGCUGGCCAGCAUGGACCGGGAAAUCGUUUCGCUAUUGAGCCAAAUACAGUACAACAAGCAAAGGGCUAGUGGGCUUAAGCGCAAGAAUGAGGAUGUACUGGAGGUGCUGAAGCCGCCGGAAGUGGGCUCUGUCCGUUUGAACUCCCGUUGGAACAACGAGGAAUUGAUGCUAGCUGUGCAAGGCGUGCGCAUGUAUGGGCGAGACUUUCAGGCUAUUGCCGAUACGCUCGGUUCAAAAACUGAAACGCAAGUGCGCACCUUUUUUAUGAAUUAUCGGCGCCGGUUUAAUCUGGACGCCGUACUGAAGGAAUUUGAAGCUGUCAACUCAAAGCAAACCCAAGAGCAAGCGACGGGCUCAAGCAAUGGUUCGGCGUGUGCGAAAGAAACGCCGGAACAUGCGAAACCGCCGGCGGAAGUGGUGGCGCAGUCGACAGCGGAUACCACCACCGUCGGCGACGUUGAACCGGUCGAUCCGUCCCACAAGAGCGAUCGUACAGUCGAUAAGAACAAGCAAGACGCUUCUCAGUCCCCGGCAGACAUCGAAGAAGUAAUGGAAGUCAAGUGA